GCGCAUGCGCGCGCUCCUUCGCAAAGCCGCCGCUUCGCGACCCUCUUGCCCAAGACGGGAAGGGGGAAGGGCGAUGCGUUUCUCCAGCGCCCGCCGGCUCUUCCGUACUCUCGCCGCCAUGGGAGAAGCCGUUUCUUCUUCCCUAAAGGUCCCCAGCAAAGAAGAAGCCCUGCCCGGAAGGAACCGGAGCCUCGUCCCUCUCCUGGGUAAACACCAUGUGAAUGGAAACAGUAUGGUUGAACCUUUUCCAGAGGGAAUGCACAUGGCGAUAUUUGGGAUGGGCUGUUUCUGGGGGGCAGAGAGGAAAUUUUGGAGGCAGAAAGGAGUCUACUCAACUCAGGUGGGUUAUGCAGGAGGACACACCCCGAAUCCCACCUAUGAAGAGGUCUGUUCAGGGAGAACUGGCCAUACCGAAGCGGUGCGAGUGGUAUUUCAGCCAGAAACCAUCAGCUUUGAGAAACUGCUCAAGGUCUUCUGGGAGAAUCAUGACCCAACACAAGGGAUGAGCCAAGGGAAUGAUGUCGGCACACAGUACCGCUCUGCCAUCUACACAUUCUCCUCGGAACAGAUGGAAGCUGCUUUGAGAUCCAAAGAAGAUUACCAAAAGGUAUUGACAGAUAACGGCUUUGGCACAAUCACAACAGAGAUCUGUGAGGCUCCAGCAUUCUAUUACGCUGAAGAAUAUCACCAACAGUACCUGAACAAGCACCCUAAUGGCUACUGUGGACUCGGAGGCACUGGAGUUUCCUGCCCCAUCGGUGUCAAAAAGUGACCAUGUUGACAACCUCCGCACCUUAAAGGAAGAUGCAGAAUGCUAGGGAAUGUGCUUUGGAUCUGGCCUACCGUUGUCUGCAAUCUUCAGGGUAUACUCUCCAUGUAAAAAAGUGUCACGAAAGUAAAGGCACCUACUCACAGUGAUGAGCUUGCAGCAGAGCCCAGUGUUUGGAGUCCUCGCUGGACUCUGCCACUUCAGGUUGCAGAUGGGGGAAAUCACGCUUUUGAAUGCUCCUCCACACAGAUAAAGACAAGCUCACAACAUAUAGGAAAUCGGCUUAUCAGAUGAAGGUUCUGACAUGCUAGUUUUCUACACAGAAGGAGUUUUGGAUUUAAAUAUAAAUAAAUAAGAGGAGCAUUCAACAAUGCAACACCCCAUCUGCCACCUGAAGUGCUACUGCCCAGAAAGGCCUGUACCAUGCAAUUUCGCUGAAUGUACGUGACUUAGAAUCCCACCACAUCCUCCCUGUGAUCAAACCUCGGAUUUGACUGGAUGCUGCUCACUGUAUCCCAACCCUUAAACUGCAAUCUGAAGCAAGGCUGUGCAUUCCAGGGCAGAAGACAGAAGACCUGGCAAACGAGAUGAUGGGACGAAAGCCACUGAGGAAGGAUUUGGAGUGAGAAGGGGCCGGCAGGGACAGGGCUAAGCGUCCAUACACCCCUCCAGCUUCUUUCCUUUAAAUUCCCAAACUUGCUAAACCCUGUUCAGUUGUUAAAGCCCUCUCAUGGUUCGAAUUGCAAGCAGGGCUCAGCACACUGGCUUCACCAUCUCCUUUGCGUCCCCAUCAUGCACUGGAGCUAAAGUUUCAAAGUGGGAGGCCUGUGUCUGCUCCCCACGUGAGCUAGAAGCCUGGUUGUGCGGGGUUCUGAGUCACGCAGAGAGCCUGAAUGAGUAAAGCCAGGCUGCCCACUUCUGAUCUUCCAGCACCAGUGUGUGGAGGGGCGGGCAGGCAAUGGGAAUGCGACAGAUUGGGCCCCACUUCUCCCAGGAUGGAAUUCUAAUUGUGUGAGAACUUUAAUGGGGGUCCAUUCCUUUUAAAACCGACGCCAGAGGUCAGUUAACGUGAAUUUGUGGUUAGUUAGGCCCUUAAUUCUGUGAAUUGUGGCCAGAGUUCUUUUAAUGUACAUGUUUGUAGAAGUUAAUUAUGGCUGACCGAAUAUCAAAUAGGGGGUUAUGUAGGUGCAGCUGAGCUGCUUCUGCUGUCCUUGUUGGGUGGGCAAUUUGCUGAAAAUGAGUGUGAAAGUGGGAGCUUUGGCUUUGGGAAAGUCUCAACUGAAAGAACUGCAAGGUUUGAUUUCCAAUAGCAUAAAAGGAAAACCUGCAGUUUUAUAAUCUCCUCCUCUCAUGGGCAAUCUUAUAUUAUUGUCCCAAAUGUGAACGCCAUGCAAAAAGUUUGAAAAAGGACAUGUGUGGUUCUCUCUCCAUCCCCCCACCAUCUCUUAACUCAAUUGAAAAGAAUGCAGUUGUUUCUCAAUCGCAAAAGCAAGUCUAAUGUGGGAGAGAUAAAGACGCGCCAGUUCUAUUGACCUGAGUGUUGGUCUGGAUCGAUAAGGAGACUGUAUCAAAUGUAAUGCAAUAAAGGGCUGCAAGCCACUAAUGAAAA